AUGGCACCGGCGGUGCGCUACAACGAGAAGCUCUCAAAGGGCACAGCAUUUGCUUAUUCAUUCCUCCGCACGGCCGUAUCCGGCUUUGACCUGACUGCACUCGGCAUGGAUGUGAUGGCGCAGGCGAUGAUCGUUUCAGUUUGCAAAUCGUUCGACUUUCUGCUCGGAUUCUUGGUCGGCACAGCCUCUGAUAACGUGCGCACGCGCUGGGGGCGGCGCAAGCCCUUCGUAGCUCUUGCUUUCCCCCUCGGCGUGAUCUCCAUGUUCUUCCUCGUCUAUCCAGUGCCGUUCGCUCGCGCCGCGCACGCAUCGCAGGCGCGUGCCUCCCCUCCCCUCGGCGGCAUGGAGCUCACGUCAGACUAUUCUGAGCGUGUCACACUCUUCAGCGUCAAAGUGUUCUGCCAUUUCGUCGGCUAUAUGGUGCCAAACGGCUGCGGCCUCUUCCUCGCCGGCUACUUUGCCAACGACGUGCUCUCCCUUUACGCAGCCCUCGUGAUCGCAACCCUCUCGGGCGCGGCCCUCGCAGUCCUCCUGUUACUGGUGCACGAGCGCAACGAGUCGGCGGACGACGGCGUGGGCGACGGCAAGGGCGACGGCACGGGCGGCGAGAUAGACGAGGACCCGCCGAUCCCGCCUGUGGAUAACGCCUCACUCUUCUUUCUCGUCAACGUGAUCAUCCUCGUGUUCUCCUUCGCCGCCACCCCGGUCUUUUGGUGGCUCGCGCGCCGCUUUGGGAAGAGGCCGGUGCUCCUAGCCAAUUCGGCGGUCGAAGUCAUCAUCUACGGUGUCGGCUUCGUCUGGCCGCCUGCCGACGCGCCCUUUGCUCUCGUCGUCGUGAUUGGGAUCGGGGUCGGGAUGGGCUCGGUGGUCACGUUUAUGGUGAUGGAUUCGAUGUUGGCCGAUUGCAUCGACUACGAUGCCAUGCACACCGGGCGCCGCGCUGAGGCUGUCUACACCGUGGCCGAGGCGAGCCCAUCCCACCAUGGCGGCUGCGAGUGUGGCUGCGGCGUCAAGUGCAAGGCGCCAUACCUUCGCUGGUCGUGCCCCGGCGACAUUGCCUACGCGUGCAGCGAUGGCUUCGACGCGCCGCCGUUAUACGGCGAUCCGGACAGGCUCGCGCCGUGCGUGCAGCAAGACUCAGAAGGCGUCCUGUGGACGGUACGCAUCUUCAUGCUCGGCCUUCCGCAUCUCGCUGCGCGGAGAAUGAGCGCGCGCCCCACUGGCACCGACCCGCUCGAGUGGCGUCGCAUUGUAGGCCUGCCGACGCUGCUCUUCAUCUGGGCUCUCGCCGCCGCGUGGUGCACAACCCUCUGGAGGUGCUACCCCAUCUCAAAAGAGGUGCACGAGGCUAUCAUCGCCGCGUCCGAGCAGGCGGAGACGAAAGGGGUCGCGGCCGACCCGAUCACUGGCAAGCCCAUCUCCCGGGUGCGCGACUCGCCCACGACACUGCUGGCCGAGCACUUUUGGCCUGGGGAGCAGCGCCGCGCGGCGGCCGCCGGCAGUCUGGCCAAGGGAGCAGCGCCGCUCAUCGCCGUGCGGCUCGGGAUGUGGGUGGCGGGGUUCGGGGGUAUCUUGCUGGCCGUCGGGCUCACGCGAGGGGAUGUCCAGGGGUACGUGGUCUCUUUCGGCGCCGUCGUCGCAUCGGCGCUAAUGCUGCUAAUGCCGUACGACGCCGUCCGGCUACGCACCGCGCUCGGCAACAGCGGAUCCGAGAAGCUGGGCACCGGCCAAGCAUCCGGUCAAGCUUUCACCAUGCGCACACCUUCUCCCUCCCUUUCCCUUUCCCUGAGCGCGCGCAGCGUUUCAGCAACACGCCAGGAGAUGAUGUAA